AUGAGCAUGUCGGGAUCUGACAUGGCAACCAGGGAGCAAUUCACGGUUGGGAUGCACAGUCCUCAGCCCCAACCGCAACACCAACAGCCUCAACUUCAUCAAAACAUGCGUUUGGACUAUGGUGCUGCUGAUGGCGCCGAUAUUUUCGCCGCCCCUACCAUCAACAUUAACGGCGGAGAAUCCUCUCCAGUGGGUGUGCCUCCGGGACUGGGCCUGGGCCAGGCCCAUCCCCAGGCUAUGGUGGGGAACUCCACUGAGCAACUCAAGAGAAAGAGGGGAAGGCCCAGGAAAUACGGGCCUGACAGCGGCAUGGCCUUGAGCUUGAAUACUACCCCUACUCCCGGCGGAUCCACCGUGCCGGUUGGCCAGUCCGGUGGGGCAUUUCCGGCGAAUCCUCUCUCUGAUUCUGCCUCAGCCGGUACCGGGAAGCGUAGGGGCAGACCUCGCGGUUCUGUUAACAAGAUUAAGAAAAGCUCAAAGUUUUCCGGACUAGGAACUUUCUUUGCUCCGCAUGUCAUUACCGUGAAAGCUGGAGAGGAUUUGUCUGCAAGAAUUAUGUCAAUUUCCCAGAGCGGUUCAAGAAAUGUUUGCAUCUUAAGUGCAAAUGGAUCCAUAUCUAAUGUGACACUUCGACAACCUGCCUCAUCUGGUGGAACUGUGACUUAUGAGGGGCGAUUUGAGAUCUUAUCACUUGGUGGUUCUUUGUUUCUCCCUGAAAAUGGUUCUCAGAGCGAAAGGGCCGGGGGCCUGAGUGUGUCCUUGUCAGGGCCAGAUGGCCGUGUCUUGGGUGGCGGAGUCGCGGGUCAUUUGGUUGCUGCCUCCCCUGUUCAGAUUGUUUUGGCUAGCUUUGUUUCCAAUGGCAAGCAAUCUAAGUCUGCAAAGAGGAUGAAGAAUGUAUCUGCCCUAGAAAAGGUUUCCACAGCUGGUGGCCAAAGCAGUUCACCAUCAAGAGGCACUCUCAGUGAGUCUUCAGGUGGGGUUGGGAGCGGGAGCCCACUUAACCAAAGCACAGGAGCCUGCAACAAUGACAACAGCAACAAUAACAACAACAUUAACAACAUCAACAGCACCACCCCAACACAAGGCUUUUCAGGCAUGCCCUGGAAGUAA